UGGUGCUUGCUGUAUUUAUCGUAAUCAUCGUAGCUAUCAUAAUCGUCGUAUUUGUUGUAACCACUGGCGUCUGCUACGGCUGAGGCGUCUCGCUUGUAGCUGCUCUUGUGGUGCUUGCUGUAUUUAUCGUAAUCAUCGUAGCUAUCAUAAUCGUCGUAUUUGUUGUAACCACUGGCGUCUGCUACGGCUGAGGCGUCUCGCUUGUA